AUGUCGAUUGAAUACAAGGUCGUGGUGGUGGGCACUGGCGGAGUGGGCAAGUCGGCGUUGACGAUCCAGCUCCUCAACCAUCACUUCAUGGAAGACUACGAUCCCACCAUCGAGGACUCCUACCGCAUGCAGGUGGCGAUCGACGGCGUAACCUGCCUUCUCGACAUUCUCGACACCGCCGGACAGGAGGAGUUCAGUGCGAUGAGGGAUCAGUACAUGCGCACGGGCCAGGGCUUCCUCUGCGUCUACUCCAUCACCCAGCGCUCCUCGUUCGACGAGCUCGCCGGGUUCCGGGAGCAGAUCCUGCGGGUCAAGGAGGCCAAUGACGUGCCCAUGGUGCUGGUGGGCAACAAGUGCGACCUCGAAUCUGAGCGGGUGGUCAGCACGGCUGAGGCGGCCGACCUGGCUAAGUCGUUCGGGUGCCAGCACAUCGAGGCGUCGGCCAAGUCCCGCAUCAACGUCGAGCAGUGCUUCUUCAACCUCGUGCGCGACAUCCGGCGGCGAAAGGCAGAAGAGGAGGCCUGUGAGAAGAAGACGCUCGGCGGCAGGAAGAACAAGCUCCUCAAGGUCAAGGGCUGCUCUCUUUUUUAA